AUGUCUGUUGCUGCUGACAUCAUUGUAGUUAACAGGACAGUCUGGGUGCAAAGCAUGGGCUAUGGGGCGAAGUUUCUCCCCCAGUUGCUGGGUACUGCUGGAUACUGGGCUAUUGUUCCCCAUGUUGGGAACUUUGCUAAUCCUGUUGCUUAA